GGCAACACUUCAGUAAAAGCGUGGUUAAAAUAAAAACAAAGAUUGUGCACCGUGCACUCGUACGCGUAUUUUGUUAUAUUGCUUAAAGUUAAUAAUAUAAUUUAAAUAGUAAUUUAACAAUAUGGGAGCAAAGAGAAAGCCAAAAAGCUUUAACAAUAUGGGGGCAAAGAAAAAGCCGAAAGGCGCUGAGCGCAAUCCUCACAUGAAUAAGACAACUAAAAAUCUUAAAUUUAAAAGGAAAGCAAGGGAAAUGAUGGAACAGGCGCUCUUGGAAAAAUCCUACCGAGAGAAGGAGGAAAUCAAAAUAGAUGAGACCGAAGGUAAAAUAUUUGAGUUCAUAAAGGAUGAGGGCGAUGAAAAUGCCGACCAAAAUACCUUCAGCGAACUUAUGGAUACGCUCUCUACAAAAGAACAGGGCCAUACAGCUGCUGAUGAUUCCUUUGAUGAUGAUACGGAAGAUGAGUUAUCAGUUGCAACUGAAGUGAAAAAAGAAGAAGUUGAUGUGAUUGAAGAAACUCCACAAGAAGUUGAGGAAUUAGAAGCACUAGAGUCCAACGACACGUUUGCGUUGCAUUUCGAUUUCGAUUUGCCACUGGAAAGUGUUGAUAACUUGUGGACUGCAGAGGGUGAAGUCAAGAGAAGCAUACUUAGCUGGCCUCAAUUAGGUUCAAUCAAAAUGCAAACACCACAAUUUGAAUGUGGACAACUCUCUAAAAGUGCACCUAAUUGGCAUACCAAUUACAAACUACUUAAUACAGAGCAACUGACUACAAUGAAUAUUAGAAAGGCUAUACUAGAUAACUUUACGAAAGAAAUCACACCUUUACAGUCAGAAGUUUUUCAAAUACUCAAUCACUACAAUGAUUUCUGUCAUCCCAAUGUGCAAAAGGACAAGAUAGACGAAUUACGUUUAUGUUACAGUGCUCACAUACUGAAUCAUAUGCUGAAAACACGUAACCGCAUUCUAAAACAUAACAUGAAAUUGGCAGCUACGCCGAAUAUGGUAACCAUACCGGACAGUUAUCGUGAUCAAGGCUUGGCACGUCCCAAAGUACUUGUCAUUUUGCCAUUCCGGAAAUGCGCUCAUCAGAUUGUGACGAAUAUGGGACGACUAUUGUACGGAAAAAAUAUGGAAACAAAAGUUAUGAACUUCUCGCGUUUUAAUGACGAAUAUACGGGCGAUAGCUUGCGUUUUCCGCAAAACAAACCGAAACCCGAGGACUAUGUAGAAACGUUUAAGGGCAAUAUUGAUGACAACUUCAAAAUUGGCAUUUCUAUAACCAAGAAAAAUUUAAAACUAUACACGGAUUUCAAUGCAUCUGAUAUUAUUAUUGCAUCGCCUUUGGGUCUGCGUUUGGGCAUUGCGUCCAACAGCAAAGAUACGGGCGCUUUUGAUUUUUUAAAUUCCAUCGAACUGCUGGUGCUAGACAAGGCGGAAAUGUUUUUAGCACAGAAUUGGGAAAAUCUACUGCAUGUCAUAGAUCACUUGCAUCUGCAACCACAAUCACUAAGCAAUAUUAAUUUACAACGUGUGCGGCCAUGGUGUUUAAAUGGUUUAUGUCGUUUUUAUCGUCAAACAAUCGUGCUCUCAUCGCAUGAAUUACCCGAAAUACGUUCAUUGUUCUUCAAUAAAUGUUUCAACUACUGUGGUAAGGUGUCCGUUUCGAAUCCGAUACUACAAGGUGACAUAAGCAACGUCUUUAUUACCACACCGCAAUUAUUCCAUUUAAUCGAUACUACGAGUUUGGACGCUGUCUUCGAUACACGCUUCCGUUAUUUCGUCAAAGAAAUAUUGCCACGCUACCGAAAGCCUUCGUUUGCACAUUGCAUGAUAUAUGUGCCCAGUUAUUUUGAUUAUGUACGUUUGCGUAAUUACCUGAAAGCCGAAUCCAUAAGCUUUUCACAAAUUUGUGAAUACACCAAAAGGGAGAAGGUGGCGCGCGCACGCGACAUGUUCUAUCACAGCGGUGUGCACUUUCUACUUUACUCGGAACGUUAUCACUUUUAUCAGCGCACGCGUAUAAAGGGUGUGCGUCAUUUGAUCAUGUAUCAGCCACCAAUGUUUCCACAAUUAUAUUCGGAGAUGGUCAAUAUGAUGAAUGAAAGCAAUCAGAAUUCGGCCGAUGGCUUAGACGACGCGAUGAGUAUAACGGUGUUGUAUACAAAAUAUGACCUAAUACAGUUAAAUGCAAUACUGGGCACAGAAUCGGCGGCAGAAUUACAAAAUUCUAAUAAAACCAUACAUAGCUUUACAAUCAAGUAGUAAAUGACAGCUUAUAAAUUAUUGUAAAUAAAAAGAAUUGUAAGAUUUAAAGUGAGUUGAAUGGAAUAAAAUAAAAUUAAAAGAAAAAAUCGGAAAGGAUUGUAAUUUAAGAAAAUUGAUAACCUUAAAAACAAAACAAAAAUUAAAUGAAACACAAUAGGGAUGUUCUAAAAAUGGCUAAAAUUGAAAAAAGUUGCCACAGGUGAAAGAAAAAUAGUUUUCUAAAGGGAUUAAUGUUAAAAAAGAGAGAUAAAGAAAAGUAUUUCAAAUUAAAAAAAUAAAACAAAGGAAA